CUGCCACAAACCACACUCGGGAGGAAGAAAAUAAUAAAAAAAAAAGUCGCCAUGUAAGCAUGCUUACCUUUGACUGCUGAGGAAGUUGAGACACCCAGGAAUGAUGACUCAACAUCGCAGGCCUAUAAAAGUAAAGGUAUUUGCCAGUGGAAAGGCAGCAGACUCCAGGCACAGCCAUUCAAGAUGCACCCAGGUGUCCUGGCUGCCUUCCUCCUCUUGAGCUGGACUCACUGUCGGGCCCUGCCCCUCCCCAGUGGUGAUGAUGAUGAAGACUUGUCUGAGGAAGACCUCCAGUUUGCAGAGCACUACUUGAAAUCUUAUUACCAUCCUUCAAAUCUUGCGGGAAUCCUGAAGAAGAAUGCAGCAAGCUCCAUGGUGGACAGGCUCCGAGAAAUGCAGUCUUUCUUCGGCUUAGAGGUGACGGGCAAACUGGACGAUAGCACCUUAGAUAUCAUGAAAAAACCAAGAUGCGGGGUCCCUGAUGUGGGCGAAUACAAUGUUUUCCCUCGGACUCUCAAAUGGUCCCAAACGAAUUUAACCUACAGAAUUGUGAAUUAUACCCCUGAUAUGACUCAUUCUGAAGUGGAGAAGGCAUUUAAAAAAGCCUUCAAAGUGUGGUCCGAUGUGACACCUUUGAAUUUUACCAGACUCCAUGAUGGCACAGCAGACAUCAUGAUCUCUUUUGGAACUAAAGAGCAUGGAGACUUCUACCCAUUUGAUGGACCCUCUGGUCUGCUGGCUCAUGCUUUUCCUCCUGGACCAAACUAUGGAGGAGAUGCCCAUUUUGAUGAUGAUGAAGACUGGACCAGUAGUUCUAAAGGCUACAACUUGUUUCUUGUAGCUGCCCAUGAGUUUGGUCACUCCUUAGGUCUUGACCACUCCAAGGACCCAGGAGCCCUCAUGUUUCCCAUCUACACCUAUACUGGAAAAAGCCAUUUCAUGCUUCCUGAUGAUGAUGUACAAGGAAUCCAGUCUCUCUAUGGUCCAGGAGAUGAAGAUCCUAACCCUAAACAUCCCAAAACACCAGACAAAUGUGACCCCUCCUUAUCUCUUGAUGCCAUUACCAGUCUCCGAGGAGAAACAAUGAUCUUUAAAGACAGAUUCUUCUGGCGCCUGCACCCUCAGCAGGUUGAUGCAGAGCUGUUUUUGACAAAAUCAUUUUGGCCAGAACUGCCCAAUCGUGUCGAUGCUGCAUAUGAACAUCCUUCUCACGACCUUAUAUUCAUCUUCCGAGGUAAGCCAUCCAAGGUGAGGCCUUCCACAUGACCAGGAGAGACAGUG